AUGGCCAUCCCAGGAGGUUCAUCGCCCGACACUUUUACCAGCUCAGGCACAUCAAUCCUCACAUCACGUCCCUCGCAAUCCGACUAUGACCCUUCUGUCAGUGGGGACGAGAGACUGCGCAGCUCUCUACAAUCCUCAGACAAGCACAAGUCCAAGUCAGGGAAGCCAAGAUGGUUUACUCAAGUCAAGGACUGGCUUUCUGUGAGUGAGCCGUCCGCGCAGGCAAUGAAGGAGCAGAAGAGGAACACGUACAAGCGACAUGGCAUCGAUAUGAACGACCCUCGGGCAGCAGCCAAAUUGCAUUUACCAAUUGGAAAGAUCCCCGAGAACGCCAUCACUUCUACGAGCGGCCCAAGCCCAGAAAAGGCACUGAAGCGAGCACAGCAGCAGCAACAACAGUCGAGACAGUCUUACUCGGGGCUUAGCCAAACGUCGCACUCGAUGUCGAGCAGUAUCUGUUCGGUCCCGAGCGCCAAGGAAUUCAAUCCAGUCGCACCAUGGGACACUUGA